CGGUCCACGCGGCUGCUCGCGCCGUACGCCACGCGCUCACGGCAGCGCGCCAGGCGUCCGCGCGCACGUGUGUGCGCGAGCUGCGGCCGGAGGCACCCGUGGAGACGAGCCGUGGAGACGCGGAACCGCAGCUGGCCGGUGCACUAAUACCUCCGCUCCUAACCCUCCGGAGGACAUUCUGCUUAAAGGAAGUAAACCUAGGCAAACAUUCACAAUGUUCUGGCAGAGGGCAGCUGGCUGGUGAGGAUGACCUUUUACCCACCCAGGUUGUGAUCGAGAUGGGGCCCGAUGUCCCUCUGCUCAAUGACUACAAGCAGGAGUUCUUCUGGAAGCGCUUUCCCCAGACAGUGCUGGGAGGUCCCCGCUUCAAACUGGGCUACUGUGCCCCACCAUAUGUCUACAUCCACCAGAUCAUCCUGUUCCUGACGCCCUGGCUCAUAGGUGGUGUGGGCACGCUACUGCAUCAGUUACAGGUUCUGGAGGAGCUCGGUGCCGCCUCCCUCUCCGGAGGGCUUAUGCUGGGGGCUGCUGUGGUUGUCCAGGCGCUGGCCGUGCGAGCAGCACAGCGGACAGGGCGAGUGGAGCGCAUACACACAGCCAGCAUCCUGGCGGAAGAGGAGGAGGUGGAGUUUGCAAGCUGUGCCGGCCCCGAGACCGUCCGCUUCCUCAUCCCGGGAAAAAGGCUCAUCCCAAACACAGUGCUACAUGUGGUGCUGGCUGGGGUCGUGUGCGGCCUGGGGACGUGGUACCUACUCCUCAGCAGACUCAGCAACCUGUACGGCAGCCAGUGGGCUGCAGGACUGAUCUUCAUCCUAAGCUGGGUGACCCUCUGCAUCGGGGAAUACUCCCUUAUCAUCAACACGGCCCCCGAGACGGCCACCUUUCAGCCACAGGACACCUAUGAGAUCACACCGCUCACCCGCCCGCUCUACAUUUUAAUUUUCAUCGCCGUGGACAUCGCUCAGAGCAGAGUGACGGGCCCCAUUCCAGCGCUGGUGUUAAGCAGUCAGGUGCUCCACGUGCUUUUCCUCCUCUUGCCACUGCUGUGGGCGCUGGGCUUGCUGUCACCUCUAGAUGCCCUUCUGCUCUGGGGAAUGGAGCAGACUUUGGUUUUUGGCCUGGGUGGAUCACCCAUGUCAACUAACUUCAGGCUGCUGGUGAUGUUCAUGGUUUCUGUGUGUGUACCGGUGUGCACCUUCUUCAUCCCUUCCACACUGGGCGUGGUGCUCUUCACCGUAGCCUUGGGCUUCCUGCUCAGCCUGGAUUUCAGCCAGGUUGGGCCGCUUCUGCGGGCUUGCAGGAUGGAUGGCCAGUCUACAGAUCUGUCUGCCAGAUUGCCUUCUUCACUGGGAUGGGGGCUGGGUUGGAGAGAGGUGCUGCUCCACCUGGUCCUGCUGCUCGGGGCUCUGACUGAGGCUGGGCUCCUCCACUACUUCCUGCCCUCACCCCAGGACUGGUCUGUGGGACCCCAGGCUGUUGCUGGCUACCUCUCACUAAUUCUCUUUGUGAUCAACUGGACUCUCCAAGAGGUCCAGGGUGUGUACCUCCUAGGAGGGGUCUUCCACAACCCUCUUUACCCCAAGGAAACAACCAACGUGAAGGUGUUCAAGGUGCAGAGUAAAUGCCUUCGGAUGGCUGGUAUGAUUAGAAGAGUGCUGGUCAAUCUCGUGGCACCAUUUGCCAUGAUUGCCUUUCUGGCUAUGGACGGCUCCCUGCUGGCUCUGCACACGGCAUCCCUCAGUGUGGGCUUCACCCGGGCUUUCAGAGCAGUUUGGCAGAGCACCGAGCACCUGCUGUUCCAGGUGACGGUGGUGACCGUGGUGCGCCUCUUGGCGAUGGGCUCUGAGCUGCCCUGGUGGGAUGGCCUUGGGACGGGCGUCCAGCUCAUUCUGGUGAGCUUGGCCAGCGACCGUCUGCUGCAGCUGACCUCCAAGGUGCGAUUCGCCCUAACGGUGCUGGUGACCUCCUGGACGGAGAAGAAGCAGAGGCGGCAGUGGGCGGGCGCCCUCCUGGCCUUGAACGCCGCGUUCAGUCCCCUGCUGCUGUGCACGCUGGUCCUGUCGGCGCUGCUCUCCGCCCCGCUGCUCCCGCUCUUCACGCUGCCCGUCUUCCUGGUGGGAUUCCCCCGGCCCCAGCGAUGCUGGCCGGGCCCCGUGGGCACCGCAUGCUCCUGCCCAGACUCCGUCUACUACCAGCAGAUGAGCGGGAGCCUUGCAGCCGCCCUGCGGACCGCCUUUGCCGGGGGAGUGCUAGGCCUUUCCAGUCCUGGGUCACACUUCCUCGGCCGUUUCCAGGAUCGGAUCGUGUGGAUUAAUGUCCUAGAGCAAGGCUUUGGGUACUGCUCAGUUAACAUCAAGGGCUUGGAACUGCAGGAGACCUCGUGCCACACAGCUGAGGCGAGGCGCGUGGAUGAGGUGUUUGAAAGUGCUUUUGAAGCUCCGGAUGGUCUGGGACUCCCCACGGGCCUGAACCUGCACUGGGGCAAUGCGAUGACCCCCCGCGCCGCGCUGCCUGUCUGCACUUACUCCGACGCCCGGAGCGUGUUGACGGGAAUCAUCGACUCGCACACCAACCUGCGCCAGCUGAGAGACGACUUCCUGAAGGUCCUCGUGUGGGUGCUCCUGCAGUCCUGCGUCCGGGGCGGCAGGGCCUUCGUGGGCGGCCCUGGCUACAAGCCGGAGGGCAGCUUGCAGGACUCUGGGCCCCAGAGCCCAACGGAGGCCCCCUCUUCGGAGUGCCGCCAGGACAGCCCCAGCCUGAACUCACUGAGCGACUGGUCCGACGAGGACGACCUGUUCGGCCCGCAGCCGGCCAGGAAGACGACGGCACUGGUGAGUGUAGGGGCUCCCCUGCCGGCUGGUCCAUCGCUUCCCGGGUCCGUGGAGUUAAACAGCCUCUACGGGGAUGUGCCGCUCUCCGCCAUUCAGCCCUUACGGCCACUGGGCCUAGGGCUUCCAGCCAUGGAUCGGGGCCAGGAGAGCGAAGUACCCGGCCUCGUGGGGUUCACCCCUCCCAGGGUGAAAUUUGGCUCACCCCAUGCAGAUCUGUUGGAGCCGCCCCUAGCUUGGAGGGCCGCCCCUCUGGCCGCCUCACGUCCACAACAGCUGAGGCUGGCUUUUCCUGAGGAGUGGUUCCACUUCGUGUUAGGAAGGCUUGGGCCGGCCGGGCAGGGAGAGGCUCCCAAGCCGGUGGCCGAGGCUCUGCGGGAACUGCAUGCGCAGGUGGCCCUGAACUGUUUGGUUGCACUGGGCGCCGAGACCACCACCCCCAGCCCCAGCUAUGUGUACAGGGUCUACUGCGGGGACGUCCCCUGGACCGAAGGCCUUGACUGGCUCACCAGCAACAAAGAAUUGUACCAUCUCACGAUGAAAGCGUUCAGGUACAGCUUCAAGCUGCUGUUGGACCAGGCAAGCCUGGGAGCCAUAGGAGGCCCCGAGGAGCUUCUGAGCACCCUGGAGGAGUAUGAACAAGACUGGUACAUCGGCCUGGCGUCGGAGCACGGCUGGCGGGAUGCCGUCCUGCAGGAGAAGCCUUUCCUUUUCUCCCUGGGUUACGACCUCACUAUGGGCACCUACACAGGCCGUGUCCUCACACUGCAGGAGGUUCUGGUGCAGCUGGGCCACCUCAAUGGGGAGGGGGUGCGGGGCCAGUGGGCCAACCUGUCCUGGGAGCUGCUGUACGCCACCAACGAUGACGAGGAGCGCUACAGCAUCCAGGCUCACCCCGUGCUCCUGCGCAACCUCACCGUGCAGGCCGCAGACCCACCGCUGGGGUACCCCAUCUACUCUUCUGCUCCGCUGCACCUGCCCGUCUUCUGACACACAGCGCCGGUCAAUCCACUCGGACGACGUGCAUCGGCAGUGUUGGGAUGGGGCCGUACCGGUCUGAGGGCAUCCAGCCGUUGCCCAUUCAGGCAGCACGCAUUAGACACUGAUUUUUAACUUGAGGAACAUCUUACCCAGACUUCUUCUAUAACACCACAAGAGCUCCAGCAAAAUCAGGUUGAAUUUUCAUGUCAUAUGGAGUUAAGAGCAAUUUCAUAACCAUACCUCCCGUGAAUGUAAGCCCCUUCAAACGCACUUUUCACGUCAGCACUGACACAUUCAGUUUUACGUCCUCGCCGAACAGAAGGUGCACUUAGAGGCACAAAGCUGUGAAAGAAUGAUCAUGUACUCAUACUCAUGAUGGUGUCCACUCAGAUCUACAUAUGGGCUGUGACACAGCAACAGUUCCACAACAGUUUAGUGUCCUACUACAGAAAUAGUUCCUAUUAACAGAAGAUUCUUAGUGCCAUUUUGAAGCUGCAAGCAACCAUCUUCAUAUAUCAACAAUCAGCCCAGUGCUUCCAAUUUACUGUACGCCAUCUCACAAUCAGCUCCUGUUUCAUUUAAUGGUUCUCAGUCCAGAAAAGGGAUUUUUUAGGAAAGCAAAGCAUGUGCCUUGGUCUGUUUUUUGUACUGUUAAUUUCAGGAUUUACAGCUUAGUUUUUAUUUUCAGAGCUGUGUUUUACAGGUGUUUACAGUCAAGGUUUCCUGUAAGAAGUGUCCUAAAUGCCCCUUUUGUUUUAAGCUGUGAUUCCUCUAUACUGUGUAUUGUAUAUAAUUGUAAGAUAUAAAUGGCUUUUUCACAGAAA